GACAACCUAGUUUGAACGCACUUCCCUACAAGCGCCGUCUCUGAUGCGUAUCUUUCAGACUGAGCGCCCACUAAACUUUGAAUCCACAAAAGUACAUUUGAAACAACGCGACAAUGGGCUUUCAAUUCUCUAAACCCUGGAAUAAAAACGCGGAAGAGCAAAAACAGUUAAUGUAUUCACGGAUACAGUUUGAGCGCCAGAUCAUUAUGCAGAACCAGAUGAGAGAGAGACAGAUGGCGAUGCAGUUUGCCUGGUCCAGAGAGUUCGUCAAAUACUUUGGGUCCUUCUUUAUAGUAACCACAGUUGGACUCACAGUGGGGGCCAUUAAAAGAAAGAAGCCCGAGCUGCUGGCUCCCAUUGUUCCCCUCGGCUUCAUAUUGGCCUUCCAGCUGGACACCGCCUACGGGACGCUGGUUCAGCGCAUGAGAGGAGAGGCUGAGAAUAUCAUGGCAUCGGAGAAAGACUGUCUGGACUUACCUCUUGGCACUCCAACGUUUGAGAGCAUAGAGAAGGUCCGCUGCGCUAAAAGUGGCCGCAUCCCCUUCUUGGAGAAGUGAUACGUCAUCUUUGACCCGAAUCAGAAUCGCCACUGGUGCGUUUAGCAGUCCCGCUUUUGCUUUAUAAUGGAAAACAGCUGUCAAAUACUAUCUGGGUUUUGAAACUUGGUCAUGUACAGUAAAGGUGUCCAUGGAUGUGUUUUUUUUUUGUGUUUUUUCUUCAUCUCUUUCGUGAGCAUUAGCGUGUUCCUCGUGUUUUCUCAAAGCAGACUCAUACAGAGUACUAGUCCAAAUGGAUAACUUGUUACAUACAUCCAUUUACUCUUCUACAUUGUGCAAUAAAAUUAAUGGAGCUGAAAUUACUCAUUUUAAGCUGUAAAACAAAAUAUAGUCGGGAACAUUUUUUAUUUAGUUUCAACACUAAGGAGCAUCAGCCAAAACUGGUGCACGUUGGACUUUUUCUUUUCUUUUUUCUUUUGCCUUUUUAAAUCAGGGAAGAAAGAUUGAAUGAAUGUACGGUACAAUGUUAAAGUGGGCUGAUAUUUAUGUUUUUUUUAAUAACUAUUAGAAUAACUUUUGGUUUGACAUAUUUAACAUGUAUUUGUAUAUAUAAAAGAAAAAAAAACAAUAA